AUGACCCCAGAUCAGCUCACAUUCCACAAACAGGAGAUCGCUAAAGUAUCGGACAGUGGUUGGAUAGGACCGACCUAUUCGCCUAUUUGCUCUCCUACGAUCAUGGUGGACAAACGUGAUGAUGGUUCCGGGGAGCGGAAGAUGCGUAUGGUUGUCAAUUACCAGGCUCUAAAUGCCCCUACGAUAGCCCCUGAAUUUCCACUACCUCCCAUUCAAACCAUUUUGGAGCUGCUCGGAGGAGCCAAGUAUUUUUCCACCUUGGAUCUUGAAGCAGGAUUCCAUCAAAUACGUAUGGCUAAGGAAGACCAGUGGAAGACGGCUUUCCGGUCCGUUCUCGGACUAUUCGAGUACCGAGUGAUGCCCUUCGGCCUUAAGGGUGCUCCCGCUACGUUCCAGGCCAAUAUUAAUGCCUACCUACAACCUUUAUUGGGAAAGGGCGUUAUUGCGUACCUAGAUGAUGUACUUAUCUAUAGUUCCGAUCUCUCUGGGCACGUUUCGCUCCUGCGACAAGUCCUAAGCAUUUUUCUUAGACAUCAGUUCUACCCAAAAUUCCGCAAAUGCAAGUUUGCAAGGCAAACAAUUCCAUAUUUGGGUUAUACCAUUUCUGCUACGGGGAUCAAACCCGCAGAAGAUAAAAUCGCAGCCAUCCGGCAUUGGCCAGUGGUGCUGGAAAACGAAACGUAA